AUGCGUCUUGAUAGAACCAUCGCCGCCGCGCUGGCCCUCUCGGUCACCGGUGCCGACGCCCAGCGCACACAGUGUGUUGUCAAGUCUCAGUACAAGUGCAGCGGCGGCAAGUCCUCGGACUCGCCUGCCAUCGAGGAGGCCUUCAAGAAGUGCGCCAAGGAUGCCGAGAUCGUCUUCUCCGAGGGCGUCGAGUACAACGUCUUCUCGCCGCUCAAGGUCAGCGGCCUGUCCAACGUCAUCGUGCAUCACCUUGGCAACCUUAACCUGCCGCAGAACGUGACCUACAUGCAGGAGGUCACGGCCAAGAACGGCGGCUCGCUCAAGUGGUUCGAUAUCAGGGGUGAUAGUAUCACCACCGGCUGGUUCAGGGGUUACGGCCAGAACUGGUACGACGCCAACCCGCCUGGCGGCACCGGCCUGCCCAACCGCCCGCACCUAAUGUACUUUGGCGUCAACAACGGCUACGGCGAGUACUGGAAGUCGUCCAAGCCACCCGGCGCCAACUUCCAGCUGGCCGGCAAGAACAUCACCAUCCGCAAGCCCAUCAUCGACGCCGUGUCGAGCUCGUCAUCCUUCCCUUUCAACACGGACGGCUUCGGCUGUGGCGCCGAGGACCUGACCAUCGAGGACGCCGUUAUCUACAACGGCGACGACGCCUUUGCUGUCGGCUCGGGCGCGCGCAACGUUGUCGUGCGCCGCGCCACCAUCGGCUACCAGACGCACGGCAUGAGCAUUGGCUCACUGGGCAAGGACCCGAGCAAGCCUGCCUCCGUGUCCAACAUACUCUUUGACGACGUCACCGUCGCGGGCGGGCUGUACGCCGCGCGCUUCAAGUCGUGGUCCGGCGGUCAGGGCCUCGCCAAGGAUGUCACCUGGCAGAACAUAAGGGUGUACAACGUCUCGUUCCCCAUCUUCGUCACGCAGGUCUACUACGACCAGGCCAAGACGCCUGGUGGGCCGGGGGGCAACGGCACGACGCAGGCGGUCAACAUGGAGAACUUUUCGUGGGUCAACUUCACGGGCAGCGUCAACAGCUUUAAUUCCGGCGACGGGUCGUGCGCGAGCAAACCCUGCUGGUAUGACAUUGGCUUACCCAGCAACCUCAACCACACCGAGGCGGCCAUCAUCCAGUGCGCGACCGAGACGUCGUGCAAGAACUUCAAGGUGGAGAACGUGCGUCUGUUUCCGGACAGCGGGGAGGCGCCGACGCAGAUAUGCCAGGGGGUGUCGGCCGAGACGAGCCCGCACUUCGGGCUCGUGUGUGCCAAUGUGCCUCAUGCGAUACCGCUUGUGCCGAUUUCGUAA